AUGGGAGAAUCAAGACAAGAGCUUGUUGCAUGGCUCAAUAAUCUGCUUCAGCUGAACAUAACCAAAGUCGAGCAAUGUGGAACUGGGGCCGCUCUCUGCCAGAUCUUUGACAGCAUCUACCUCGAUGUCCCCAUGUCGAGGGUGAAGUUCAACGUGAACACGGAGUAUGCGUAUCUGCAGAAUUUCAAGAUCCUCCAAAAUUGCUUCACACGCCAUGGCAUCGACCGACCCGUCAACGUCGAGCAGCUAAUCAAGUGCAAAAUGCAAGACAACCUCGAAUUCCUACAAUGGUCGAAGCGCUAUUGGGACCAGUACUUCCCAGGUGGUGACUACGACGCAGUUGCCCGCCGACGGGGUUCCGGCGCCCCUCCCCCGUCUUCAGCCCCCGCUUCACGACCCUCUGCCGGCGCAGCCAAGAGAGGGACGACGCCGACCGCAGGACGACCAAGAGUAGCCGGAGCAGGAGGAGCAGCCAGUGCGGCUUUGCAAUCGGAGAAUAAUACCCUUAAGGAGACGGUCCAAGGCCUCGAGCGCGAACGAGACUUCUACUUCAGCAAGCUCCGAGAUAUUGAGUUACUGAUUCAACAAGCGUGCGAGGACGACCCCGAAAUUGAGAAACAAGAGGACGGGUUGAUCAAGCACAUCCAGACCAUCUUGUACUCGACGGAAGACGGCUUCGAGAUCCCAGCUGAGGCGGAGGGGCUCGACGACCAGGAGACAUUCUAA